GCACCGCGCAUGCGCCGCCCUCCCGUGGCCUCUCGCAGCCUGUCCCCCCCGGCCCCGCGCCCCGGUCUCGCGCCAUGGCGGCCGCCGCCGAGGAGCCGUUCCCGUUCCACGGGCUCCUGCCCAAGAAGGAGACCGGCGCCGCCGCCUUUCUCGCCCGCUUCCCCGACUUCGACGGGCGGGGGGUGCUGCUGGCUGUGCUGGACACCGGCGUGGACCCCGGGGCGCCAGGCAUGCAGGUUACAACUGAUGGGAAACCGAAGAUAAUUGAUAUAAUUGACACUACGGGCAGUGGUGAUGUAACUACAUGUACCAUUGCAGAACCUAAAGAUGGAGAAAUUACUGGUCUUUCUGGAAGAACUUUAAAGAUUCCAGCAAACUGGGUAAAUCCUUCAGGCAAAUAUCACAUUGGCAUAAAAAAUGGCUAUGAUAUCUAUCCUAAAGCUCUUAAGGAGAGGAUUCAGAAAGAGCGCAAGGAAAAGCUCUGGGAUCCUGUUCACAGGCUUGCUCUGGCAGAGGCCUGUAGGAAACAAGAGGAAUUUGAUGCUGCUCAUAGCUCUCCCUCACAGGUAAAUAAGCUAAUAAAGGAAGAACUUCAAAAUCAAGUGGAAUUGUUGAAUUCUUUUGAGAAAAAAUACAGUGACCCUGGCCCAGUAUAUGAUUGUGUAGUGUGGUAUGAUGGUGAGACCUGGAGAGCCUGCAUAGAUACAAGUGAGAGUGGUGACUUAGCUAACUGUACAGUGCUGAGAACCUACAAAGAGGCUCAGGAAUAUGGAUCUUUUGGAACAUCUGAGAUGUUGAAUUAUUCUGUGAAUAUAUAUGAUGAUGGAAACCUUCUUUCUAUUGUUACAAGUGGAGGAGCACAUGGAACACAUGUGGCUAGUAUUGCAGCUGGAUACUUUCCAGAAGAACCAGAACGGAAUGGUGUGGCUCCUGGAGCUCAGAUUCUUGCAAUCAAGAUUGGUGAUACAAGACUAAGUACAAUGGAAACUGGCACUGGUCUAAUAAGAGCUAUGAUAGAAACAAUAAAAUACAAAUGUGAUCUUGUCAACUACAGCUAUGGAGAAGCAACACACUGGCCAAAUUCUGGGAGAAUUUGUGAAGUGAUUAAUGAAGCAGUGUGGAAACACAAUGUAAUCUAUGUUUCAAGUGCAGGAAAUAAUGGUCCUUGCCUUUCUACAGUUGGAUGUCCUGGUGGAACUACAUCAAGUGUAAUAGGUGUUGGUGCCUACGUGUCACCUGACAUGAUGGUUGCUGAAUACUCUUUGAGAGAAAAACUGCCAGCAAAUCAGUACACUUGGUCAUCCAGAGGGCCUAGCACUGAUGGAGCCCUUGGAGUAAGUAUCAGUGCACCAGGAGGUGCUAUUGCUUCUGUUCCAAACUGGACUCUGCGAGGAACACAGCUCAUGAAUGGCACAUCCAUGUCUUCUCCCAAUGCAUGUGGAGGCAUUGCGUUAGUAUUGUCAGGACUCAAAGCUAAUAAUGUUCAUUACACUGUUCAUUCUGUCAGAAGAGCAUUAGAAAAUACUGCAGUGAAAGCUGAAAACAUAGAAGUAUUUGCACAAGGACAUGGUAUUAUUCAGGUUGAUAAAGCCUAUGACUACCUCAUUCAGAAUUCAUCAUUCACAAGUAACAUCGGCUUCACAGUUACUGUCGGCAGCAACCGUGGAAUCUACCUCAGAGAUCCAGCCCAGAUUGUGGCGCCAUCUGAUCAUGGGGUUGGCAUAGAACCUGUCUUUCCUGAGAAUACAGAAAACACUGAAAGAAUAUCUCUCCAGCUUCAUUUAGCUUUAACUUCAAAUGCACCAUGGGUCCAGUGUCCUAGUCAUUUAGAACUCAUGAACCAGUGUCGACACAUAAAUAUUCGUGUGGAUCCACGUGGCCUGAGUGGAGGAGUGCAUUAUACAGAGGUGUGUGGAUAUGAUACAGCAAUGCCUAAUGCAGGCCCUUUGUUCAGAGUUCCUAUCACUGUUGUUAUACCAACAAGAGUAGAUGAAUCAUCAAGCUAUGACCUGACAUACACAGAUGUCCAUUUUAAACCUGGUCAGAUCCGAAGGCACUUCAUUGAUGUUCCCCAGGGAGCUACAUGGGCUGAAGUGACAGUGUGUUCAUGUUCAGCUGAUGUGACUGCCAAGUUUGUGCUUCAUGCCGUUCAGCUGGUGAAGCAAAAAGCAUACAGAAGUCAUGAGUUCUACAAAUUUUCAUCCUUACCAGAAAAAGGCUCAGUCAUUGAAGCAUUUCCUGUCUUAGCUGGAAAAACCAUUGAAUUUUGCGUUGCUCGGUGGUGGGCAAGCCUUAGUGAUGUUAGCAUUAAUUACACAAUUUCUUUCCAUGGUGUUCUUUGUGGUGCUCCUCAGCUAAACAUGCACGCUUCAGAAGGCAUCGUACGGUUUGAUGUUCAGUCCCUGUUGAAAUACGAAGAUAUUGCUCCAUGCAUAAGUCUGAAAAGCUGGGUUCAAACGCUCAGACCAGUGAGUGCAAAAAUAAAACCUUUGGGAUCCAGAGAUAUUUUACCAAAUAAUCGUCAACUGUAUGAGAUGAUUUUGACCUAUAACUUCCAUCAGCCUAAGAGUGGAGAAGUAACUCCAAGCUGUCCACUUCUUUGUGAAUUGUUGUAUGAAUCUGAAUUUGAUAGUCAGCUCUGGAUUAUUUUUGACCAGAACAAAAGACAGAUGGGUUCAGGAGAUGCCUAUCCACACCAGUAUUCUGUGAAACUGGAAAAAGGAGAUUACACUAUUCGGUUACAAAUUCGUCAUGAGCAGAACAGUGAGCUGGAUCGCAUCAAAGACCUGCCAUUUAUUGUUUCUCAUAGGCUGUCUAGUACCUUGAGCUUAGAUAUUUAUGAAAACCACAGCCUUGCUCUCUUAGGGAAGAAGAAAUCCAACAGUUUGACAUUACCACCAAAACACAGUCAGCCAUUCUUUGUUACAUCCCUGCCUGAUGACAAAAUACCUAAAGGAGCAGGACCAGGAUGUUAUCUUGCAGGAAGUCUUACUCUGUCUAAAACAGAACUUGGAAAGAAAGCUGGGCAGUCUGCAGCAAAGCGACAAGGAAAAUUUAAAAAGGAUGUCCUUACUGUUCAUUAUCAUCUGAUACCAUCACCAUCAAAGAGUAAAAAUGGCAGCAAAGAGAAAGAAAAAGAACAGGAAAAAGAAAAAGAUGCAAAAGAAGAAUUUGCUGAAGCUUUAAGAGACCUAAAAAUACAGUGGAUGACCAAGCUGGAUACCACUGACAUGUAUAGUGAGUUGAAAGAAGCAUUUCCCAAUCAUCUUCCUCUGUACGUUGCAAGACUUCAUCAGCUGGAUUCUGAAAAGGAACGAAUGAAAAGACUUGAUGAAAUCGUUGAAGCUGCAAAUACAGUAAUUUCUCAUAUUGAUCAAACAGCAUUAGCAGUAUAUUUUGCUAUGAAGACUGAUCCCAGGCCUGAUGCAACUACUAUAAAAAAUGAAAUGGAAAAACAGAAGAGUACUUUAGUGGAUGCACUGUGUCGAAAGGGAAGUGCUCUGGCUGACCAACUUCUUCAUCUGCAGACCCAAGAAGGGGCUGCUUCCAGUGAUGCAGAAGGCAAAGAUGAGGAUCAUGAAAGCUGCUCAGAAGCUUUGACAGAGACAUUCUGGGAAACAACAAAAUGGACUGAUCUUUCUGACAGCAAGGUUUUGACUUUUGCCUAUAAGCAUGCAUUGGUAAAUAAAAUGUAUGGAAGAGGGCUCAAGUUUGCCACAAAACUUGCAGAAGAAAAGCCAACAAAGGACAACUUAAAAAACUGCAUUCAGCUAAUGAAGUUGCUUGGAUGGACUCAUUGUGCAACUUUCACUGCAAAUUGGCUUCCUGUCAUGUAUCCACCUGAUUAUUGUGUAUUCUAGAGAAUCAACAAUUGUAAAAUUUAAAUGAUUUUAUAUGGGACAGGAUAGGAAAAGAGAAGUUUGACUUUUUAUUCGAACGCAUGUUUUCAUUACUGAAUGCUGAUUAUUAAAUUGUGUGUAUUUAUCAGUAAGGGCACCUGGGUAUGGCUUAAUACCUGUUAACCUAACUCCUGUCAUCAAGGAGUUUCCUUAUUGUGCAUCCCAUUGCUGGCAAUGGAUGUGCCAGAACUGCCAACAUCAAGGAUUUGGAAUUAGUUUGGAAAGAAUUACUGCAUGCAUGUUAUGUUCUGAAUUGUUACUUUGAACUGCAAACCUGUAAAAGUUCUGUAUUUUUUAUGGUACACUGAAUUUUAACAUGUUUAAUCUUAAUUUCAAUUGUAUGAAGGCCUUAAAGCUACUUCAAGAGUAGCUAAAAUCUUACUUAUUAGAUGAAAAUAAUGGACACCUGUAUUGUUUGCAAGAGUUUACAUUUAAUGUUUUUGAGAAAAAUUCAACCUCUCAUGGUUACAAUGUUUCUCAGAAUUGCUGAUGCAUAGGUACUCUUGUAAAUUUUCAAAACUCUUAAUUUUGGAGGGAUUUCAGGCAAACUCAGAAAUCCUGGUGAAGCUGAGUAUCAGGACAGGCUGAUACAUGUAUAAAAGUGCCAGACAGUGACAUGUUGAUCAGAUAUUGUAAAGCUAUACAUAGAUGUUUAUUAAUGUUAAAAAUACAAAACACAGCAGAAUAAAUGUGCAAAGUUGAAGAUCAAAAUA